AUGGUUCGGGCAGAUCAAGGCAUUCAGGGCCGCUCGGCGCCUCGCGCCAAGUCACGCUCCUCGGCAACAGCGUCCAUCCGAGCUCGUUCUUCCACCUCGGCACCCAAGGUCGCCGCUGCUCCACCUACCCAAAUCACCAAGGCGGCAAAGCGUGCAAUGAAGCGCGCCGACCUCAUGUCGAAAGUCAAGCCAACAUCAUUGCUCAAUCUUGAGCCACACAACGGUGCUCUGUCAAAAUCGUCCUUGAGAAGGCAAAAGAGAAAGCAGAAGGAACAGUUGGCGGGCAACACGACGGGUCUGAAGGAUCUGCAAGAGGCGAUGGAUGAAGUGGCUCAACAGGUAGAGGAGGAUGGUGAGGAUGAUGUUGCAGAAGGUGCUCUCGAUAUGGAAUACGACGACGGCAAUGACGACGAUGUGGAAGGCGAGGCGUCAAUGCACCGGAAUAGCACAUCUGCGGCGUACCCGCAGGUAGGAGCGCAGAAGACGAGAAAAGACGCCACCGUCACCGAAAAGGCGAGAAAGAAGGCAUUGAACUUGGAGAUGCAGCGUCAAAACCUGAUCCUCUCCGACCCAGCAUACACCAAAUCCCCCUUCGCAGCGCUCCGUCUUCACGCACAAAACACGCUCGCCUUCGACAAAGGCACUUCCAAGCCGAGACGCUGA